AUGACUUUUCGUAGCCAGGUUGAAUAUCUUGAGGGCUCAGAGUCAAGAACCGACUUUUUCGAAAGAACUAUUAUUUCUCUUGAGCAAAGAACACAAGCUGCUGUGCAAGUCUAUGUAAAAACAGAGCCUGAGGAAAUGGAUAUUGAACAGUUUAACGGUUCUUUUAACCUAAUGUCUUCAAAUGUAAAUCUUGAACAUAGGAAAUCUUCUACUAUGAUUUCGCGUUCACCAACUGUUAUUAUGGAACCACAAAACAGUGCAAGCAAUAACGACUUUAGUAAAUUAGCUCAGGAUGCCGAUUUCUCGUGUCCAAUAUGCUUGGAUAUUAUAAAAGAGGCGUUCGUUGGGCGUUGUGGCCAUUCUUUUUGUUAUUUAUGUAUCGUCGGCCAUCUCGAUAUAAGGAGCGAUUGUCCAAUGUGUGGUAGUCAUUUAACCAAAGAUCAAAUAUAUCCAAAUUUUUCGUUGAACAAAAUUUUAGAGAAAUCACCUACAAUUAUUGCAAAUAAGGAAAGUUCAUCACCUAGCUCACCCGCAAGGCAAUUGAAAGAACAAAUACUCAAUGAUGACUUGACUGUUGAAGAUAUUGAUACAAUGGUGGUUACACUUUUGGCCAAAAAAAAAAGAUUUGAGACAUUAGAUAGGGAAGAUGAAUUAGAUAUUUUAUAUGAUUUUUUGUCAAGAAUGAAGACAAGGAAACAAGAUCAACUUUCGCAAAUCUCUAAAGAAAUUGAAUGCUUGAAUGAUGAUUUGGCUGCGACGCAACAUGAUAUGGAUUGUUUCACUCAACAUCAAAAAAGUAGCAGGAUUGAAGGACAAAUUUCGGAAGAAUUCAACAAUAAUCAUUCUCAAACUGCAUCAUCUAGUAAUGACAAAGAAUCUGAUUUUGUUGAUUGUAUAUUACAACCUAAAGAACAGCAUCAAACUACGAAAAAGAGAAAGCAUACAGAAGUGGAUAGUUCAUUCACAGCAAAUAUAUCAAAUCUAAGAAGAAGUGAAACAAGUUUGUCAUUGCAAACUUUUGAAGAUACUCACGAUUUAAGGCUACAGAAUAAGAAACAGAGAAUGUUGAAGCAUAUCGAAGAUCUAGAGCAAUGUUAUUUCUCUAGCAGAUUGAAAACUUCAAUUUCACACAAAAGUCUAUCGAAUUUCACAUCAACACUCAGUGCAUUUACAAGAUAUUCUAAUUUUCGAUUAAUAAACGUAUUGAGAUACGGAGAUAUAUUUAAUACUUCUUCAAUUGUCUCCACUAUCGAAUUUGAUCGAGAUGAUGAAUAUUUUGCUACUGCUGGAGUGACUAAAAAAAUAAAAAUAUUUGAAUUUGGAAAUAUCGAACGUAGCUGUUACAAUGAUGCUUUGGGUGGACAUUCAUCAAGUAGUAUUAGAGAUAGCACUAGCGGUUCAAGAAAAGUGAUGGACUCUUUUCUUCAUUAUCCAAUCAGGGAGAUGACUUCUAAUAGUAAAAUAAGCUGUUUGUCUUGGAAUAAUUACAUCAAAUCUCAUAUCGCUAGUGCUGAUUAUGAUGGAAUCGUUUCAUUGUGGGAUGUUCUUACUGGAAACCUGAUAAUGACCUUUGAUGAACAUGAAAAACGUGCAUGGAGUGUUGACUUUGGAAAAAUGGAUCCCACAAAACUAGCUAGUGGCAGUGAUGAUGCUAAAGUCAAAAUUUGGUCUACAACACAAAAAAAUUCUAUAUGCACGCUAGAAAGUCAAGCUAAUGUAUGCUGUGUAAAAUUCAAUCCUGAAAGUCCGCAUCAAGUGGCGUUUGGUAGCGCCGAUCACCACAUACAUUAUUAUGAUCUUCGUUAUAAUCGCCAGCCCAUUUUCAUCUAUAGGGGACAUCGUAAAGCCGUGUCUUAUGUAAAAUUUAUUGCCAGAAAUGAAUUAAUUUCGGCUUCAACCGAUAGCACACUUAAACUAUGGGACAUUGAAUCUCAAAUCUGUGCACGAACAUAUACUGGCCAUACGAACGAAAAAAAUUUCGUUGGUCUAAGUGUCUCCUCAGAUUGGAUUGGUUGUGGUAGUGAAGAUAAUUGUAUCUACGCUUAUUAUAAAACAUUAUGCAGGCCGGCCAUCAAAUACAAAUUUGGAAACAUCAAUGCUGUUACGGGUGAAGAGACUUUCGAUACUGAUCCUUCGCUCUUUGUAAGUUCUGUUUGUUGGAAAAAAAGCUCUAGCACCCUACUGGCCGCUAACAGUCAAGGAACCAUUAAAGUAUUAGAAUUAGAAUGA